CUGCUCAAAGCCGGCAGAACCAUAUGCUCGGAGCAGCAACUAAUCUUACCACAUUACAUUAAACAGAAUUGUUUAUGUUUACUUUCUAUCUUAUUAUUUUAAAGUUCGCUCUCACCAUGAAUGGAAAGAAACACUUCACAACGAAAAAGACUUCAGAACUAUUUUUGAUCUUCAGUUCAGUGUUUUGCUGCUGUACACUCGGCUCUUCAGAUUUUCACUUUAUUAAUCUCCAAAAGUCCUACAAUGAAGCAAAGAUAUACUGCAGAGAGAUGUACACUGAUUUGGCAACAGUUCACAACUCAUCUGACAUGAACAGUUUGAUCACUUUAGUUUCGACAGAAGCUGACAGAGCUUGGAUAGGACUGGAGAUUGGAGAUGUUUCAAUUUGGCGCUGGUCUUUGUCCGAUCAAAAAACAGACUUUCUUAACUGGGCACCAGGACAACCACAAACAGCCGAUGAAAAAGCAUGUGCAGCAAUGGAUAUAAGCGGCAAUUGGGUUGAAACUGACUGCGAAACUGAACAUAGCUUUUUCUGUCACAACAGCAUUGAUGCCAGCAGUCUCGUGCAUAUUACUGAGCCUAAAUCAUGGAGGGAUGCUCAGAGUCAUUGCAGGAACUUAGCAUCUGAUCUUGUGAGCAUACACUCAGAAGUGGAGAAUACGGUAGUCCAAAACCUGUCUACAUCAGGAAAUUUGUGGAUUGGUUUAUUCAGAGAUCCAUGGAAAUGGUCAGAUGGGAGUAACUCGUCAUUUCGUUUCUGGAAACCCAAUCAACCUCAAUACUCCAAAAAUCAGGACUGCGUUGCGGCAAUAUUCAAAGAUGAGGGGAAGUGGAAUGACCGGAACUGCAAUCAAAAAUUUAGUUUUAUUUGUCAAGGGGCUCAGAAAUCUAUUCCUGCAACCACCAGGUCACCAACUACACCCAAGAGCAAUACAACAGUUCAUCUGCCAACAAAUCUGCCAACUCUCUCACAGGAAUCAACACAAGAGGUCACAGUAACGUUUAAUUUCACUAAGGGUGCAACUGAACAGCCAAACUCAACUAAUGUUCCCACCCCAGAACCAACAACUGCCAAUGGAUCCGCAACAACAAGUACCACAGAGUUUGUGCCACAUCCCUCAAGCACUGAGCUCAACAAUGCAACGGCAGAAAUGUCAACCCAAUUACUUCCAAUAACAACUGUUAACGUAGUCACAGACCGUGUCUCCACAUCAGCGACACAGAUGGGUACUUCAGCGCAGAACCAUACGCAAUCCUUAACUCCAAUGACCACCACCAGCAGUCACAGUCUGCACCCUGAAAACCUGAUAUUAAUCCAGGAGAACAUGACAUGGAUUGAAGCCAUGAGCUACUGCAGACAGCAUUAUAUCGACCUUGUCCACAUCACCACCAAAGAAAUUCAGGAGACGGUGAAUGAAAAGGUUAAGAAGGCUUCGUCAACUCAUGUUUGGCUGGGCCUACGCUACACCUGUACCUUCAACUUUUGGUUCUGGUCAGGGCAGGCUUCUCGCUGUUACCAUAAUAACUGGAUGGCUGGACAAGGACCUGAGGGGGUGCAUGAGUGUGGUACCGGCGGAGCCAUCGAGGCCACUGGGAGGCAGCAGUGGGUUGGCUUGCCUGAGACGGAGGAACUGAAUUUUAUCUGCUCUGCAUGCGGUGGAUGAGAGCAGAGAGCCAUCAACCCUUAAAAUGACACAGAUGCUUAAGUUUUCAUCAGGCUGCAUGAAAGCAUUGCAUGUUUUUGCUGCUCUCAUCUGUACAGCAUAUUUUCAGUACACUUGGUGCAAGUAUAAUAUCAACCAGUGAACUUUGUUGGGCUUCAAAUGACACAUUAAGACUGCUUUGAUGAUGACUCAUGGUGUUAUUCAAACUUGGUUGAAAUACAGCUGCCUCCUUUGUUGCUGAGACUGAAUUCAAUUAAACAUAAAAGCAGUAUGUGGUGUGUGGGAGUGCACAUUCAGAGUCAUAGGCAGCAAGGGUAGUGUGAGAAAAUUGAUCUCCUCUGGGCCUUUCACUCAGGGGUUACUAUUUGCAUUGUUGACCCCCUGGGUUGGCCCCCCGUAUGCCUUUUUUGGGUCACCGUGGCCACUGUGGCCUCAAACCAGACGGCCAGGCCAGACCAGACUCGUUGCCUUUACUGACCAGUCCGUCCCACAGAAAUUAAAAUGCAGACACUGCACUCUAUGAGAUACAAAACCAUCUGUAAACCAAUGUAAAUAACGACACAAUAAAGUUUUUUAUUUGUGUAAAUAAUACAUGACUGAUCUUGUUAUUGUUAUUGUUGUUAUUGCCGCUUUAACUGAUCAUUCC